UGACUAUCGGUGCGACUGUCUUCGUCUGCGUCAAGCGUUGCCCGCUGUGUCUCAAGUGCAACACCGACGAGAACCCGUUGCAAUUUGGGCCAAAUGGCGUCGAUGCAUUUCCAUUCUUGCCGUGGGGCAGAGGGUCGUCAGAGAAUCCUGUCGGCCGGGUGGACAAGGUCUGCAUGCGCACCUGGGACGAUGGGGGGUGGUCCGCAGAGUACAAGAACGUGGACGAAUUUGUCGAGACCAGGAAGGGGAACGUACAGGUCCAGGCCGAGUGGACGUCAUCACGAAACCUAACGAUCAAGGACGUGGAGGAGGGACCCGAAAGAUGCUCCAGAGCUGAGAAGGGCAAAAUCAAGGACAGGCACCGAGAGAACAGGAAACGUGUCGUCAAAUCGUUCACCGAGGAGUCGUUUGACAUCGACUCGAAAUUCAAGGCGAUCGCUGUGAAACAAUUCAAAGAGGAUUUUCCAGGGAGGAUUGAGAAGGAGGAGCUGGAGACUACCUGGGAUGUCUUCGAUGGCGUCUAUCAGGAGGUCGUGCUCCUGCCCAAGAACAAGGAGGGCGAGUGGGACGUCACCGUCAAGCGCCGCAGAGGCGCGCGCAUGGACGAGACGGUGGACGACGGCAGCCACGUUGUUCGGCAAGGGCAGUUCAAGGCCAAGUUCGAUCGCAUGGUCAAGGACACCAUGGCCGACGCCCGCAAGAGCCUCAAGAACACUCAGUACACCGCCCCUACGAAGGCGGCGCAGGACGCGGGCCCAGAGGAGCUCGGCGACGCCACCCAGGAACCCAUCCCCGCUGAUGAUGUCGACGAGGACGACGGCUUGUCCUUCGUGGGGUCCUCGCUGCUCUCUUCAGCGGAUUCUGCCGGCAAGAGGGGGCGCGUUGCGAUGAGCGUGAAGAUGCUCGGCAAGUCCGCUACUGAGAUUUUGGACCCCCUCGGUUUGGAGCAGAUUCGCAACGACUUCGAGGAGAUCUCCAAGAGCAUGCAGAUCGAGCCGUUCACAUCUUGCUUCAUCGGCGCCAACCACGAGACUUUGCCUGCGAAGUGCGCGGAGCUAAAGAAGGCCGCAGGGGCGCUGCAGGGCAAGGUCGUCAACCUUGACAAUAAGGUCCGCAAGUGGGUGGAUCUCCCGCAGCACGUUGAGCAGGAGGUCACUUCGUGGAGGCAGAAGGUGACAUGCGCGUCGGACGGUUUCCAGCUUUUCAGCAAGACGCACCCCGACUCGAACAAGUUGGAGUCGUUGCUCGCGACAAUGAAGGCCAACGGCGUCGACAUCCCGAUCGCUUACGUCGUCACGUUCUUCAGGGAGAAGGCCCUCGACCUUGUCCGAUUCAAGCAGGUCGCUGAGUUGCUCGACUUCCUGAGCUUGAAGGAGGGCUUCCUUUCAGAACGCAUGGGCGGCGAUCUGGACGUAGACUUGAAGGUCGUCUCUGAGAAUGUCAUCAGCGAGUGCCUCAUCACCCUCGCCACGGGCUACCUCUCGACUGAGGGCGCUGAUGAGGCAGUCUCCCAGGUCGCCAGGCUUGCUGGGGGCCUGGCGUCGAGCGAGCAUGGCAUCCCCGAGGAAGUGGCGGACGACCUGGGGCAUAUGGCUGGUGCGCUGGGCUUCGGGGAGACGUUGGGUGACGAUCGUGCAUCUGACCUCCAGUGGCUUUCAGACAAGAGAGCCGACGCUACUUACACUGGCGUGCUCGCGACCAUUCUCGGCGACGCUGCUUUCUGGAAGGCAUGCUCGGCUACCACUUCGAGCUGCGGUCGCCGGAUUCAGGACGCCGCCCGCGCGUUCAACAAGGAGUUCGAGAAGUGCGGUAACAAUGUAUAUUUGCAAGCAGACAAGCAGGGCUUGAUCGACGCCAUCGCCAACCUGUUCGCUGUCUGCGCCGCUGCCGAGGACGUGGAGAAGGUUCGGGCCUGCUUCGAAAGUGCGCUUGCAGCCAUGGAGAUGAAAGCUGGCGUCGAGACAACCUCGUGCAUAGAUUCCCUGGGGUCGAUGCUGCAGUUCGCCGUGGACGAGUCGCACGGCAUGCUGGAUAUCCAGAAGGAGUUCGAGCUAGUGAACGUCGCAGUGGAAGCGUCUCGGCUGAAGGGCACGUUCGACCUGGACGAGCUCCUGAAGAGGUUCCCGAGCCUUGUCGCCCUUUGCGGGUCGGUCUCGACCUCCCUGGCGACCGCGAAGCAGAAGAUGCAGACCAUCAGCGACGCCAUGGCCUGCCUCCGGACCUUGCUCAGGACGCUCGCGAACAAACCUGGCGAUGAAUCUCUCGGAGGCGACGAGCACCAGAAGCACAUGUCGAGCGUACUGGCUCGCCUCAGCAGCGUGCACAACAAGGUGCUCAAGGUAGAUCCCCCUGAAAAUAUCAAGACCCUACUGGUGGAUUUCGGCCAGAAGUUCGGCGUCGUCAGCCACGGGAAGAAAGCCUACGACCAGAAGGUUGAGCAUAUCAAAGUACUGAUCUCCGACACCGCGGCAAACGUCAUCUCUCUGAAGGGUGCCAACCAGGAGGACACGAAGAAGCUCGCCAAGCUCAUCGACAAAAACAUCGAGGCGUACCAGACGCAGGACUUGGCCAUCCAGCAGCUGGCGAUCUACUCGGACACGAAGGACCACGACGCAGCAUGCUUCAAAACGUUGGCCGAUGUUAUCUUUCCUUUCUUCAAGUUCUCGCCAAGAGCAAUCGUGCUUUGCAAAGGCUUACCUACGGACUUCAAGCCAUACAUGAAGAUGGUCUCUCGCGUGAAGGCGAUGCUGAACACGGACGUGGUGAAACCGAAGUUGGCGUGGUUCGCUGGCGGUGACAAGGCAGACGAACUCAUGGGCGUGGUAAAACUCAUCUGGUCCACGCUGGACGAGCCCGCCACGAGGCACGUGGAGAGCUUGAGAAACAAGCUGGUCCUCCUCCAGGGUAAGGUGAACAACGCGCUGGCAGGUGCCGACGUCGUGGCAGACAACAAGAAGUUCCACGAUUUCUACGACAUGGCGAAGAUGGGCUCACUCAAGACGCUGCGCGGCCAGCUGAAGGCAGCGUUGGCUUCGUACGCGGAGGCAGGCUGCGACGACGUUGAGGGCUUGACCAAGACAGCGGACACAACUUUGACUGAGGCCAGGUCGCAGACGAUCAAGUGGGGCCUCGUCGUGUUCCUCCACAACCCAGAGAUCAGGUCCCUUGCGUCCCGCGGCGUGACCCUCCGGAGGGACCUCAGCAACACCUGGAACCUCAACAAGGACACCGAGGGCAUGCAGGCGUACAUCGGCCAGGGGAUGGUCAAGGACAUCAAUGAGGUGCUCGCGCUGGGUACGUCGGCGCCGAUGCCGGCGAAGAAGCCGCCUUGUGCACAGCCUGCGGCCGCCGGCGACG